AAUUUCGGCUUGCCGUAGUUUGCUUAUUUUCUUGUCUUGUGUAAAAACCAAAUUGGUCUAGUUUUUAAUCAUCAUUGAUAUUCUGGCCUUGGAAACUAUAAGCAAUGGACCAUUAUUCCUAGAACCCUAUCUCUAUAAAUUCACAAAAUUCGUUGUCUGUUGAUAGGCCCAGCAGCAGAGGCUUUCUUUAGAAAUCUUGCUAAGCUCGGGAUUUAGUUACUAAGCAGCUCUGCUUCGGAGAUGUCUGUGCUUUCUUCAGCUCUGUUCGCGAUUAUGCUCUUCCACCAGGGAUUGGCCUAUCUCCUGGAGCCAAACUGUAAGGGCCAUAUAGAGCUUGUCUAUAAAAUUCAAGCAGGUGAAAACGGCCUAGGUUACCACACACCCUUUAUGGUAUCCCUAAACGAUGGGACGGGAUUGAUUAUAUACGCGCUAAAAAACCAAUUUAAGUCUACAUUUGUAAAAAAUGUACACUGCAAAUAUUUAUACUCGUUACUCGUAGAGUGAAGGGGUACAUUGUAUUCGUUGAAAAGUACGUAACAGGUAGAUAGAUAGAUAAGAUGGUGUCGCUGUAGGUGCUCGCUCUUUGAUUGUAGUGUUGUCACUGCAGUGCGCCAGCGCCAGCAGAUGGCGCCAGCUACAACCUGAUUGCUUUCUAAGAGAACAUUUGUAUUGAAAUAUGUUAUUAUUUAAUAGUCGGGGAACUAGACGUUCUCUUGCGUUCUCUAGCUUUUUUUUCUUUUUAAAUUUUAUCAAAGUCCGAAACUAUUUAAAUUAUCAUUCUUAGCUUAUUUUUCCCAUCCCUUUUCUGGGCCACGCGCUGAAUCGACCAUUAAUAGAUAUCAAACUCCGCUUUGGGCUGGGAAUCCAUGGAUCUGCGCUCAGUAGCCGCUGGUAAUCCACUGAAUCAGAUUUAAAAGCGCGUGCAAUUGCGACUUUCAGAUAAAUCUCCGACUUGGUUUUACGACCUGCCGACGUUUGCCUAUUCAAAUUUAAUAGCUGCCCCGCACAAAGCACUUGACUCAUGGCAUUUGCAGGCCGUCCUGCACAUCCACUUCCGUUUCUGACCGGACGACGGGGGAUCGGGAUCGGAUUCGGGUUUGUUGUGACAACAGCUCGUAGGCAAAGACAACAAGCCGAUCUGUGGGUGUCAUAACCACUCAUACUCGCUGCGAUGCGGGGUCUUGUGUGUCCAGAUGCUGCGCACAAUUAUCAUAUCAGCAGCACAUCAUUUGCGGCUAAGUGAAAUGACAGAUUGGACUGGCACACUCUGUGCGUCUUCCUUAAAAAGCGGCGCUUUCGAGUCCGAGAUCUCAGUAUUAGUUUAGCCCUACAACCGGAAUGAAGAACUCCCAUGCGAACGCAGAUUACGAGUCCUGCUACUACGAGGAUAUAACAAAGUCGUGGCUUAAUCAAACCGAAGGAUACACGGACUGCAGUUACGUGUACAGCCAAAGUGUGACUUCAGCCUAUGUGGAGUACAAUAAAAUUGAGGCUAAUUGGUGUGCCGAAGCCACCGAGCAAUGGUUACAAAGUGGGGAAACUGCUGGCCAGGAUAUGCCAAGACAAACGCCAAAGCCGCGAUCGACAACAUCGAAUCGCAAGGAACGCACAGCCUUUACGAAAUCGCAGCUCAAGGAGCUGGAAACAGAGUUCUGCUACUCCAACUACCUGACCCGUCUGCGUCGCUACGAGAUCGCAGUGGCCCUGGAGCUGACGGAACGCCAGGUGAAGGUGUGGUUCCAGAACCGUCGGAUGAAGUGCAAACGCAUCAAGCUGGAGGAACAGCACGGAAGCGCCACCAAAACACAAUUCUUGUUUGUACAAGGACAUAUUUUAACACAAUUCAUCUUACAAAAUGUUUCGCUUACUUAACAACUAUAGUAAAGGUAUUUUAAGCUACUUCUUGGA